UUAUUUAGUACAUCGCACUUGAAUUUGUAGAGAUAAUAUGAAAGGUGUGCAGUUUGAAAUUUAUCAAGAUCAAGACAACAAUUAAUACAGUUAUUCAGUAGACUUAAACCUAGAAGAAAGGAAAUUCAAGAAAUUGAUUAGAAAAACAUUGGACUAUUAAAGUGAAUUUGUGAAAUAAAGUUGCUCUGUUUCAUAAACAAUUUUUCCAAGUGCAAUAAUAAACAAGAUCCUGAAAACAUUUAGCGCCUGAAUCAUUGAUCAACAUCCCCACUAGAUUAUUUCUAAAAGGGAAACACAACAACCAAUCAGCUUUUUACAUUUCCGGAAAAUAUUAAAUCAUAAAGGAAACCCCUCGACCCUUGGACUGUGAUCUCUUUCAUCAGCGAGUAUAUAAUAAAACAGAUUGAUUGGCAAAAUGACAAUACUCGGGUGGAACGUUGCCAGGCGAUCAGUGAUCGAUAAAGAAAUACGAUCUUUAUUAAACUUGAAUCAAAUAACACGACAUUAUAAUACAGUUAAUCAACAAUCAUUGACAUGUUCAAAUGUUCUUUGUAUCACUGACGCUGUUCUCUAUAAAUCAGUUGUUAAACCGCGAAAUUUUAGCAGUUUAACUAGUAAACUUAUUAAUAAUAAAUACAAUAAAUUACAUAAGAUGCCAUACUACAUAGACAAAUUUUAUUCACAAGGUCCAAUAGCGGCUGAAACACCAAAAAUAAAAAGUCAUUUUGGAGAUGUCCAUAAUACUAUUGCUGGAACUCCAGUUAUCUCUAAUUCAUCUGUACCACUUGCACCAAAGGUCUUGAAUUACAUAGAGGAAUGUGUGAGACUUUGUGAACCGGAUUCAGUAUAUAUUUGCGAUGGAAGUGUAGAAGAAAAUGAGACAAUGUUGAAAGCUUUGCAGAAAAAUGGAAUAAUAUUACCUUUACCGAAAUAUCAAAACUGCUGGUUGGCAAGAACAAAUCCUGCAGACGUAGCUCGAGUAGAAAGCCGUACUUUCAUUAGCACUGAAACCAAAGAAGAAACAAUUCCAACUCCAAAAGAAGGAGUAAAAGGAACCUUAGGCAAUUGGAUUAGUCCUAAUGAUAUGCAAGAGGCAAUCCGUCAAAGAUUUCCUGGCUGUAUGAAAGGUCGUACAAUGUACGUGAUUCCAUUCAGUAUGGGCCCCGUUGGGUCACCGCUCUCAAAAAUCGGAAUUGAAAUCACAGACUCAGCUUACGUUGUCUGUUCUAUGAGGAUAAUGACCCGAAUGGGAUCUCAAGUUUUAGAUGUUCUAGGACACGAAGAUUUUGUAAAAUGUUUACAUUCAGUUGGUGUACCUAGUAAAGAUUCCAAAGUUUCAAUCAAACCCACCUGGCUUUGUGACCCAGAAAGGACUAUUAUUCUUCAUAAACCCGCUAAGAAUGAAAUAGUAUCUUAUGGGAGUGGCUACGGAGGUAAUUCUUUGUUAGGGAAGAAAUGCUUCGCUUUAAGAAUUGGAUCUACAAUUGCUCGAAAAGAGGGGUGGCUCGCUGAACAUAUGUUGAUUUUGGGAAUAACAAAUCCUAAAGGAAAAAAAUAUUAUAUCGCAGCGGCUUUUCCAAGUGCUUGUGGUAAAACAAACUUAGCAAUGAUGCAGCCAACUUUAAAAGGCUAUAAGAUUGAAUGUGUAGGCGAUGAUAUUGCAUGGAUGAGAUUUGACAAAAAAGGAAAAUUACGAGCAAUUAAUCCAGAAAAUGGAUUUUUCGGAGUUGCUCCAGGCACUGCUACUUCAACUAAUCCUAAUGCUAUGAAAACAAUUUUUAAAAAUACUAUUUUUACGAAUGUCGCCUUAACAAGUGAUGGUGGAGUAUUCUGGGAAGGAAUGGAGAAAGAAAUAAAUCAGGAUGUACAAAUCACCGAUUGGCAUGGAAACCCUUGGUCAAAAGAUUCUAAAAUACCCGCAGCUCACCCUAAUUCUAGAUUUUGCACUCCAGCUGAUCAAUGUCCGAUUAUUGAUCCAGCUUGGGAAGACCCUGAAGGAGUGCCAAUCGAUGCAAUUUUAUUUGGUGGACGUCGACCUGAAGGAAUACCUCUUGUUUAUCAAGCAAGAGAUUGGCAACAUGGAGUAUUCAUCGGAGCUUCUAUGAGAUCAGAAGCAACUGCAGCUGCAGAACACAAAGCUAAGGUUAUUAUGAAUGAUCCAUUUGCUAUGCGACCAUUCUUCGGCUACAAUUUUGGUCACUACCUGCAGCACUGGCUUAGUAUGAAAAACGCAUCAAAUGCUCAACUUCCGGCUAUAUUCCACGUCAACUGGUUUAGAAAAGACCAGAGUGGUAAAUUUUUAUGGCCAGGCUUCGGAGAAAACUCUCGAGUCCUCGAUUGGAUUUUACGUCGAGUGGAAAAUGAAGAUAUUGCUGUUGAUUCACCAAUAGGUUUUAUUCCAAAAGAAGGCUCUCUCAACUUAGAUGGAUUAAAUAAUAAUAUUGAUUAUAAACAACUGUUUAAUUUGCCAAAACAAUUCUGGGAGAACGAAGUGAAAGAAUUAAAAGAAUAUUUUGAUAACCAAGUGGGCAAGGAUCUGCCUACAGCUAUUACGACUGAGUUACAAACUCUUAAAAAUAAUAUAUCUAAACUUACUUGAAUAAUAAUUUAAUAUUUAAUACAUAAUAUAUUUUAUAAACUUGAUAUAAUUUAAUAUUUAUAAACAUUCCAAUUAGGCUUGAAAUUUAAUAUAU